UAUGUACUAUCUAUUUUAUACUUCACCUCUACACAUGUACGCUUCGCAUGACUAUUAGUAUUUUUAGUAGUGUCAUUACCUUUUUUUUCUCGGCCUCGAUUUAACUCGGAGCACAGAAUUCAAUAAUGUGCCGUUGGGUCUGUUCGUCUCGAAGCUUCGGAAUUGAAAAUAAAUAUCCGCGGAUUACAUAUAUUUUUAAUGCACAAAGUGCUCGAUGUUUACACAGUAAAUGCAGGUAUUGCAUGGGCGUAGUGUACGUGCAAUUGCGAUUUCCCAUCGGUGCAUGCGACGCGAUUCCUAUUUUAUCCACUUGAAAAUAUAUUGACGUUACGACCGACGUCAUACAGAAAUAUUUUUAUGCAGUUUCGGUCUCGCAUCGACGUUGUACAUUUACUAUGAUGAUGAUAAUGACGAGUAUUUCCCCAUCUAAAUCUUCUCUUCUCUCACUUUACUUAUAUUGUAACUCUCGUUGCUCUUUUUACCCACUCACGUUCUUCCCCUGGAACCCUCGUAAAACGGUGUUGUCAAUGUUCGAAAGUUACGUUACCGCAACACACGAUGUAAUGACGAGAGUUUUUAGGCUGUGGGCCGAAGUGUUCCAUGUAAACUCGAGCGGGGCUGGGACCGUCAAGUGGCAGCAGGUGUCCGAGGAUCUGGUCCCGGUGAACAUUACCUGCAUUCAGGAUUCGCCGGAAUGCGUCUUCCAUAUCACCGCGUACAACAGCCAGGUCGAUAAGAUCCUAGACGUGCGACUGGUCCAGCCAGGUACUCGCAUCGGCCAAGCGUCGGAGUGCUUCGUUUACUGGAAGGACACGGUGACAAAUGACACGUGGGGGUUGAAUUUCACGUCACCCAUUGACGCGAAGCAGUUCAGGGAAUGCUGCUCACCGUCGUUCAAGAUUUCAAGGAAAGCGUCCUCUUCUUACUCGUUGAAGCUCGAGCCACCGAAUAAGCAGAAGAACAAAACGCGCCGAAAGCCUCUGUCGACACCGGCCUCGCCGAGCCGAUCCAGAGAACCUCAGUGCACCUGCAUGACGGCGGAACAGUACGCUAGACUACGUAGCCAAGACCCCAGAUAUCGAAACUCGUGCGGACCGUCUACACUUCCACGGACGACAGCGCGACUCAAUGAUAUAGAAACGACGCCGGGACGGGACAAGAUAACAGCGACCACGUCCAACGCGUCCCUCUACGACAACGUUAACAAUCCUAGCGCGACACCAGGGAAAACACCAAAGGCCGGCGACUCGAUCAAGAAGGAGAAGCAGAACGAGACGUGUCAGACAACCCCGAAGACUGCCAACGUUGGAAUCGGAACCGUUACGGUGGGAUCACAGGCAAGCAGUUACACCUACAAAAUUGAUAGUCCCGAGGACAAAUCUACGAUAUCGCCGAAAAAGCAGAAGCAGAGCCAGGACUCGUCCACGCAGCAGAACGGUACAGAGAUGUUGAAGUCGGAAGGCACCCAGGCUGGCGGCACUCUGCAGAGUAAAUCAUUACGUAAGGAACAGCUGCACCACACCAAGUCGGCCGACUAUACCGAGUUGGAGAUGCAGAACGGCAAUCUGUUCAACAUCGUCAACAACAAUCACGGCCACAAGUCGAAGAGCAAGAGCACCGAUGACAUGCGGAUCGAGAACGCGCAGAACGGCGGCAUCAGCCUCGACUCGAACACCUUGAAGCGUAUGCUGAAGCCGAUGCCGAGCAUCGACAGUCCGGUGACGUCGCCGGAGAUGACGAGGAAGCGCCACAACCAUCAUCACAGCUACCACUACCACCCGAGCAAUAACAAUCAGAAGUACAUGAUGCAGGAGGUCGACAACGAGAACUACGCGCACCCCUAUCGUGCGCCCUACAACAACAAGUUCCAGGGUUCCAGGAGCGCCCACGAUAUGAGUCGGCAAUAUGCUGGCGGCAGAGGCAGGACGUACUUAGAUUCGGAACGUAAUCGGUGCACGGGUGACAUGUCGCCGCCCUCGGACAAUGUCAUCUUCGACAACCAGUGCUACGCCACCACGCCGAGCUCGUCGAACGGCAACUCCGACAUGGAACAGCCGAACCACUGCAACUCCCGUCGCUGCAACGGCGGUCAGACAUAUCAGCAGAGCAUGCAGUCGGUGUCGACGCCAGGCAGCCCGACGCCGAACAGUCGGCUGCUCCUCGAGUACGAGAUGCACCUCAGGAACACCCUGGCCAAGGGCAUGGACGCCGAAAGCUACAGCUUGCGUACGUUCGAGGCCCUGCUCUCGCAGAGCAUGGAGAACUUGGAAUUCGCAGAGAACAUACCGUUGAACGUCCAGCGCACGCCUCACGUUUCACGAAGACGUUCCAGUUCCAAUAAAUCGUCGACCCUGCCGCUAUCGUAUCGCUACUGCACCGAGAGACAGAACAGCAAGGAUCGAAACGGCUAUUACAGCGACCGCAAUGAGAUGGUGAGGGAGAAGAGGGAGCGGGACCCCGAUCGGGAUCGCGGCUACCUCAGCGACCACAAUUCUAGAUGUGCCAGCUGUAUCGGAGAAUCUGCACGCGCUCAAUGGUUCCGGCAUUCCGAUGGAUGGCAGUCCGGCAGCUCAACUCUCGGCUCGGGCGCUUCGAGUUCGAUAAACCCAGGGUACUCGGGGCACAGAAGAGAAUCGCCUUGGGAUUCCCUUCCGUCCCUGAGACACGAGGGCAGCCUCAACGACAGCGGUUACAAGUCCAAUCGAACUGAUUCCCUCGAGCAAAGAGGCACUUUCGACCGGCAGGACAGCGUGAGAUCCGACUACAUGUCCGAUCGCGAUGGCAGAUACGGAAUCGUUCAACAAGCCUCGUUGGAGAGCACCGACUCGAGGCUCUGCUACUUGACGUCUUCCGAGAUGUCGGACGACGAUAGGAUGUCACUCACCACCGCCGUCAGUGACGACGAUGACGGUGAGAGUGUCAUAAAUUCACCCUAUCGUGGAAAGCAGACCGGCACAGCUGCAGCUUCGUUCAAUUGUACCGGUGCAGUUCGGAAAGCAGGAUUUCUCAGCGUAAAGAAGUGGUUGCUGCGCAAAAAGCACCAGAUUGAGCUGGCUAGGAAGAGAGGCUGGAAGGGCUACUGGGUCUGCUUGAAGGGCACCACGCUUCUUUUCUACCCCUGCGAUUCCCAGGAGAGCAGAGCCAUGGAGGCGGCACCUAAACACUUGAUCAUUGUCGACGGAGCGAUUAUGCAGCCGAUUCCAGAGCAUCCCAAGAGGGAUUACAUAUUUUGUCUCAGCACCGCGUUCGGGGACGCCUAUCUAUUCCAGGCGCCCUGUCAAGUUGAGCUGGAAAAUUGGGUGAACAGCAUUCACUCGGCGUGCGCUGCCGCGUUUGCGCGUCAUCGUGGCAAAACCGGCACCCUGCAUCUGCUACAAGAAGAGAUCUUCCGCCUGGACAAGGCGAUCGAGUCGGACCACAAGAUGAAGCACAUGGCGGAUCUUCAGCAAUCGGUGGUUUCCGACGUCGAUACCAAGCAGCAAAUUAACAAUCAGAUAGUACAGUGGGAGGAGAAUCUGGAACGGCUCCAUUGCGAGCAAUUCCGUCUGCGGUGUUACAUGGCCAGUCUGCAGAGUGGCGAACUGCCCAAUCCGAAGAGUCUACUGACGCACGUGUCCCGCGCCACGAAACAGACGCUGAACAAGCUGGGUGUGUUCACGGUGUCGUCCUUCCACGCGUUCAUCUGCGCCCGUAGUCCAUCCCUGCUGAACAAUCUGUUGGCGGGUCGCGGUGCGACAAAGAGGAGACCGCCGUUGCUGUCGAGAUCAAACAGCGGCUCCAGCAGGCGUUCGCUGCAGAUCUCGUCCCGGGACGAGGAGAAGAGUGUGAAGGUGUCCGUGCCGGAAAAUCAGGUACGAUCGUCAGGACACCGGCUGGUCUCGGUGUUCCUGCGUGACUCCAUGACCGUGGAGGAGUUCCUGGCGAGCGCGUGUACCAGGAAAAACCUUAAUCCGAUGGAGCACUUCGUGCGCGUGAAGAAACGCCGUGAUAUGGAGGACCACAACUACUUUGUGCCACAUAGGACUGAUAUGAUAGAAACCUAUUUGCAUACGCACGAAAUCGUGGAAGUCUGUGCCAAGAUUUUAUAUCAAGUGGAAUUGCAAAGAAACACUUUAGAGCAAAUGUGGGGCUUUUCCGUGGAGGCGGAGCUCAUAGAAAACUCCGACAGGCAAGAUGAGCUCUGCUGCUACGUUAGUAGAGUGGAAGACAAGAGCGUCGCCAUGCAAAACGGAAUCAUUAAGGGCGACGAGAUUAUGGUGAUCAACGGCGCCAUCGUGAGUGAUCUGGAUAUGAUGUACUUGGAGAGCGUCCUGCAGGAGGAGGUGGGUCUCUGCAUGAUGAUGCGAUCCUCCAGGACCGAGCCACCGGAUCUCACGGGCAUUAUGCGAGUCACCGACGACAUAAUCGAGAGCCUGGUCUGCCCGCCGCCGCCCACCGAUCCGCCGGUCAUCAGCGAGGAAAUGAUCUCUGGCCUGAUUGUGCCGGCACCCGGAUGGAGCAAGGAGAACAUUAUGCAGGAGUGCACGGCGGGAGGUCUCAUGGAGAGCAGCAAGCAGACCUCGCGCACAAACUCCUUCGAGAUCGAGAAUCUUCUGAAGACUGCCGAGCAAGUGACCGGGAUCUGCCGAUCGCCGGGUGAGACCAGGAAGUCGAGUCCCACCGGGAGCGUCGUCAGUUCCCACUCGCAGGCCCUCGCCACGCCGAGCCGACAACUUAGCGACGCUGAGAAGCUGAAGAAAGUGAUUUUAGAACUGAUUGAGACUGAACGGACUUACGUAAAGAAUUUAAAUAAUUUGCUGGAGAACUACUUGGAACCCCUUAAACGCGAGACUUUCCUGUCGAACGCGGAGAUCAACGCGUUGUUUGGUAAUAUUCAGGAGAUCGUCACGUUUCAACGACAGUUCCUGCAGAAUCUCGAUCACGCCAUCGAGAUGGAGGCCGAUUUCAACAACUUUGACCAUCCGAGUCAAUUUAAGGGAGUCCUGUUUUCCAUUGGAAGUGCCUUCUUAUAUUACGUAAAUCACUUCAAGCUAUACAGCUCGUUUUGCGCCAGUCACUCGAAGGCUCAGAAAGUUUUACAUCCAAACGAGGGCAAUCAAGCUCUACAAGAGUUCCUGCAAGCGAGAAAUCCUCGGCAGCAACAUUCGUCGACCUUAGAAUCGUACUUGAUAAAACCUAUACAGAGAAUACUCAAGUAUCCGCUGCUGCUCCAGCAGCUCAAGAACCUCACCGACGAACGAAGCGAAGAACACCAACACUUGAGCGAGGCGCUUAAAGGCAUGGAGAAGGUGGCGGAGCACAUAAAUGAGAUGCAGAGAAUCCACGAGGAGUACGGCGCGAUUUUCGAUCAUCUGUUCAGGCAACACCAAAAAUCCUGCAAGCAGCCGAUUGACCUGAGCCCAGGCGAGCUUUUGUACUACGGCGGCAUCGAGUGGCUCAACAUCUCCGACUUCCUCGGCAAGAUAAAGAAGGGUCUCGAGUUGCACGCGAUGUGCUUCGUCUUCAAGACGGCCGUGGUGUUCCUGUGCAAGGAGAGACUGAGACAGAAGAAGAAACUUAUGGGAGUUUCGACCAAGGCUAACUCCAGCGAGGUAGAAAUCAUCCGUUACCAAGUGCUGAUCCCGGUGACGGAAGUCCAGGUCAGGGCGAGCUCCGCCAAGGACAUGGAGUCCCACUUCCUGUGGGAAUUGAUUCAUUUAAGAAGUCAAUUACAGAGGAGAUCGGAAAAAGUAUACGUGCUCUCCAAUAGCACGACGGAAUUUCGCAAUGCAUUCCUGAAGACAAUCCGGCAGAUCAUCCGGGAGUCGGUGAGGAACAUGAGCAUUCCCUCGACGAAGCAACACAUGAGCCAGAUAUCGUUGGCACCGCGCAUGUCGGCCGGCCACGUGGAGAAAUAUGAUAAGCAGCAGUCCGGCCCGGGCCAGAACGGAAACGGUGCCGCGGCCAUAACGGGCACGCUCUCGAAGAAGGCGAUGAAGCAGCAGCUGCUUGCCAGUGCUUCGCACAAGCGCAAAUACAGCCAGUCCAAGCAGCAUCCGGUGGAGCAUGAGAGCUCGGAGGACAAGGACCAGGAAGAUGCGCCGGUCCAACAGCAAACGUUUCGCUCCAGGAGCAAAACCAUAAGCGACACUUCCGGCGAGGUGAAAGUCGAGAUGGAUUCUGGGACGAAGUCGGAAGGAGAAGAGGACUCGCAGGCUUUUUUAGGCGAGAAGAAGACGAAUCUCGGUCGCACACCUAAUCAUCUGACGCUGAGUACCACGUCGACCAUCUCGGCGGGAAGCACUGGCAGCCAAGCUAGAUUGAUCCAGUCCUCCCAUCAGCCCGAGAAUUACCAGCCCAUUACCGUCAAAGAACUUGGUUCGCCGAUCUGGAAGCCACGGGAGCUACCCUCGCUGGGGGAGGCCACCACGUUGCCGCGCAAGGGUAAGUCGGCCGGCGAGUUCGCGGACAUGAGCUCGAGCCACAGCGCCUCCCGAAAGUCUUUGAUAGAAAUCAACAAUUGUGCUCAACAACCUAACUUUAAUAAUCACGUUUAAGUUGGAUAAUAUCGAGGCUGACUCGCUAACGAGAUAAUACUGUUAAGUUCCACCGUCACCAUUAAACACCACCACCACACCACUACAACCACCCACCAGCGUUGCACACAGAGAUAAUUGUCCGAGUAUUGCGAUUGUCACACGAUACCGAGAUACGCGAGAGAGACGCGUCCGCCGUCCACGUGGAAGUUCACGAAGACUGCACUUUCUCCCUCUGCGCUCUCUUCCUCGUUUCCGCUUUCCGGCUGGAGUUGCGCUGUUUUGUGUGUACGUGUGUGUACGUUUGCGUGAGAAACAGCGAGAUGCUCGAUCGGGCUUCCACGUCGCUCUGGAGAAUCGAAUCGAACUCUUCUCUCUUUGUGCAUGAUACUGUUUGAUGUACUUUAGCAUCACGUUCUUUCAGUAUUGCUUAAAUCUUUCGUUAUGGUAAAAUCUGACCGGAAAAACUACGUUUACAACAGUCAAAAUGAUAUUAAAGAAUAGUACUUUUCAAAUUGAUUUUAGCACCCAUCGAUCAUGAAAAGACAAGAGAAAAUGUGUGAGAGAAAGUGAUGUUGAUGUCACUUAACUCGGCAAUUACGUUCACAUUUUUUAAACAUCAUUUUUCACACCUUUUAUGCCUUAAUGUCAAUAUAAUUUGACACGUCCACGAGAGAACAGAACGAUUAAACACGGAACGAUUAAACGACAAGAUCAAUUGUAGAUUAUAUAUGUAGAUAUAUAAUUGUAGAUUAUAUGUGUAGAUUAUAUAUAUACAUAAUUGUAGAUUAUAUAUAUAUAUGUAUAUAUAUGUCGCGAGAUUCUCCAGUGAUACCGGACGUCAAACCAAGAGACGUCGACGUCGCAGGGUUCGUAAAUUAUAUCUAAUGAGGCACUCUUGCGAAUGCCGGGACUUGGACGUGCUUUCGGAUUACGAAGCACUCGUUGUUUACCUGAAACUUCGAUCGUCACUGUGAAAACCGUGUGUGAUUACGAGCGUUAUCUCAAGAACACUCAUCUCGGUUGAGAUCGUUCGUGCAGAAAGCAGCUGAAUCAGCUGGACAUUGCGUAAACGCGCGCUGCUUUCUCCGUCAGUGCCGGACUCGUUCGUAAUCGUGACUUACAGUUAAACAGUCCGAGUCUUUCGUGACUAAUGUCCAAGUUCAUCACAGACUCUUCCAAAUUAGUAGGUAAAGAGAGACAUUCGAUAUCAAUCGUUCCCUGUUUAACGUCUGUGCUGGUUUCGGUUAUCAGCUUUGUUUUUAUUAUGUAAUAAACCAGAAUUUAUUGCUGACGCUGGAUAAAGGUAGUUUUGGUUUCUGACAAUCGAUAACGAGGACAAUCUUGAAAACAUGGAAGACCAAGGUGACGCUAAGCAGACCGCUGGUUCCGAAACGAAUGGCGAACAAUCGCUCGUUCGUACAUAGCCGACCCUUGCGUCAUCCAUUUGCAGUAGCGAAAGAUUUAUUAGAAUCAUGGAGAAUUUGCAUUUCGAGGUACUCAGUUAGUAAUCAGUACAAGUUCCUUCGUUUCAAGUUCAUUUAAAAUUCUCUCCGUUUUUUCUUGAUUAAUUCUAAAUAUGGAGAACACAAGGAAGUGCAGUCGCGAUUGCACCAUCUAAUUACUGCAACUAAUGUUAUGGAAAAUCGCAAACAAUCUUCAAAUAUAUUAUACUUACAACAAAUCUUUAAACGUACGUAUUUUUCGAAACUUACGUGAACUAAAUAAGUUUUGCCAUCCAAUCUAUUUUCUGCAAAAGAAGAACAAGAUCAAGGCUGAGGUGGUGCAACGUCGCUGAGCAUUCUUCGAUGAAUCCCGAUUUAAUUUCAUUCGCAAUCAAUUCCACACUUUGUUCACUCGGUGGCAAUUUCUCCAGUAAUCUGUCAAUCUUAACAUCGUCGGGUUUACGAAACGCGACGUUUGCGAUGCGUCCCCCUUCGAGAGCCGCCAGUGACCGAGGCUCCGUCCUUUGAUCCUCUCGAUCCCUUCCGCGUGGACGGCGGCGCGAUAUUCGGAGGGAUAAUCGACUCUGUAUAUAAUGUAAUAAUGAUAUUGUCGUCAUUGACAAGCUACCGUCGAUCGCGACCGAGCGCUCGUGCGUAGCGCGCUCGUUACGCUGGUCCUCAUCGCCCCCCGAUUUUUUUAUCGUAUGAAACCGUCAUGAUACGCGCAUCACCACACCAUUCGACGAUCGCCGGAUGACGCGAAGGCAGCCGACGGAGAGAGAGACUCUAAUACGCGUAUUAAGAAGAAAAAACCACAAAAUCGAAGAAGCGAUUCGCGCGCGUAGCGAGUAAGUUUUAACGGUUAAAGAGAAAUCAAUUAAGAUGAAAAGAGCGUCGUAUAUAUAUACAUAUAUAUAUAUAUAUACACACACACACACAUAUACACAGAAAAUAUAUGUAUACAUAUUAUACAUACGGGAUAUUACGUGCGAGAGAGUGAGAGAGAAAGAGAAAGAAAGAGAGAGCGAAAGAAAAAGGGUGAGUUUCUGAAUUGCAUUGUAACGUCGUCCACGGUUGCCCCUUUCCCUCCCCCAAGGAAAAAAACGUUCCGCCGCGUAUAUUUGCCUGUUUUCAGGGUCGAGCAUCUCGCCAAUAUAGCAGACUUUAUUUUUAACGUUACUUAAGAUACAAAAGAGGGUGACUGAGCGAGCGAGAGAGUGUGUAAGAGAGCGAGAGCGAGAGAAAGAGAGGAGGAGAGUGAGAAAGGAAACUAGGGGUGGUCAGAGUGCUCGAGACCGAAGCUGCGAGGUGAGAUGCGCCGGCGUAACGAGACGGGAUGCAUUUCGAGGCCGUGAUAGACAUAACGUGAAAUGUAAACCGGAAGAGACUAGAAGAAUGAGGCGCACGGAUUCGAUAUUAAAAGAUGUAUAUCGAUCUGGGACGGCGAACGGUAUCGAGGAGCAUCGACGGUAUCGGCACCGGAACCUUUCACGAUAACAUCACGAUACAUGCACACGUUGUGUUGCGUACCGCGUUGUUAAUGGGUAUUACGAUUAAAUUAAGAAACGGUAUCGAGGGAUUAAUACAUGUAAAUUAGACGACAGAAAGUAUCCACAUAGACGUAUAUACCUACAACCAAAAGAUAUAUAUAUAUAAAUAAAAAAAUAUAUACAUGCAUAUACACACGUGCAUACGUACACCACACACACACACACACACGUACACACGAACGCGCGCACGAUUUCACGCGAGACACAUACCGAUAAUGCGAGCUGAAUGUUCCCCGAAAAAAGAAAGAAAAAAAAAGAAUAUUUGCUCGUUGCGAACGAUAAUCCGAGAGCAUUCUGCGUGUGAUAGUAUGCCGUGAGUACAUCCUGCUGGGGGUGUACGAGGACGUUUCCAGGGCGGGAUGUCCUCAAGGUACUCCGAGAAAGAUUCUCGUUCCCGCGGAUGCUCUCGGAGUAUUCCGGUGUGCCGAGAAUAUUCGAAGCAGAUCUUGGAAAUAUGUGAGAAUCGCCCCGAGAAUAUUCUCCGGGAAUCGAAAUAUCGCGGGGGCAUUCCGAGGCUAUUCUUUCACCCCGCGUCAGCGAGGGUCGCUGACGCGUACGCUCGAGGAGGAUGGAUGUCGCGUGCAGUAUGACGUCACGGAUCGACCCUGUCGAACGAGAGCGAGGACAUUUACAGCCGGGUAGGACAAUAAAAAAAGAGCUGACAAAGGAUGCACUUCCCCUCGAGGAAUUUCCGAUGAAUGAAUAAAGAUCGAUAUAUAUAUAUAAUAAAUGUUAAAAUGUCAAACAUGUGCUUGGGUAUUCUAGAAUUAUAUCCACGAGAGAUCGCUGAGUCCUCGUAAAGUCCUCGCUCCAGGCCUCGAACCGACAAUCGCCUUUCGAUCGCAGAGGAGUAAGAAUUUUGUUGCCGAUUAGAGGAAUAUUUAGAGAGUUUAAUAUUGUACCAAUAUGCAUUUAUUUAACAACGUUACCGUUCGUAGUGUCGAUUCGUGACUCGAACAUAUGCGCGUUUCUCGCAUUCGAAAUGGCACGAAUUUUAAUUUAAUACGUCUGAUAAAAGGCUGAUAAAACAUUGUAAGAAUAGGUAGCGUUACGAUGAAGUAAUAUCAUGCAACGGUGUGUAACAUAAUAAGACUAUAAACAAGAGAGAUUGCAAAUGUUGCGCGCGACAUCCAAACGAGAAGAAAUAGAAUAAUCCGAAAAUAAUGUGGACUCGAUCGAGCAGUACUUAUAGUUUACGAGAUUGUUGUCAAUUUGACGGUAUAACGUGCACAAUUUUCCACAUUAAUGUUUCUCGGAAAGGACUGCGUCGAAAGCCGCGUUGACUUGACACUCGCGUCAAUUAUUAAUAUUACGUGUUUCCAAAGAGUGUAAUUGUACAAAGUACUGAUUGUACAGUGUGCAUAGUUGGUUCCGGUCCCUUCCUAUUUUCUUCGUGACGGAUUGCACGAAUCGCGCGAGUUUUACGAAUGCUUCGUCGAGCGCUGUAAUAUUGCUUCCAUUUCGCGCGCGUUACGUGCAUAUGUUGCGCGUGUUUUAAGAAAGAUUUCUUACGAUCUUACGAGCCACAGAUAUCUCUAUGAUACGCACGUCCUUUCAUGAAAUUGCAUUAAGUGGUAAAAUUUACCUGCAUUUGACUGUUGCAUUUGCAGUAUAAUAUUUUUAGAAAUUUUAUAUUUUUUUAAAAUUAUUUACAUAUGGCGUCAAGUUUUUCUCUGUCUAACAAUAUUCUUCGAACGUAUGUACGUACGUUUUUAUUAUUUAAGCUUAGAUAAUAUGAAUUUUUAAUUAUAGUAAUCGAUGGGUAUUCACGGAUCGCUUAAUUUUACUUCAAAAAUUCACUUCAUAACUUAUUUCUGUCCUGCCAGUGGGGAAUGAAAGAGCUAUUAUUGUUGAUAGAUAAAAGCAGUCAAGAACACGAGAAUCGAUUUGAUCUUGCACUUUCUUACAUGCUCAAAGGUCGAUCGAGUGCGCUUGCCAGAUUUAACUCACAUGCAGCCAAGAAUGACAAAAGCUCUUUUUCCUGCUUGAAAUCGAGUAUACGACUUCGCAAAGACCUGCCAUCCUAAGAAGGGCAACGCAAGAAGGGCUUCUUUUUGAGACAUCAGAGAAUAUCAGUGAGAAUUGAACUGUAAGAUCGUGACGUUCGAAGACGGCACUUUUAUCUUGAAAAGAUUUCUUCGGAAUUCUCUUCUUUGACGGAAAUACGCUCCAUUUCUCUCUUUAUCGGGAAUACGUGAUGGAAAAGCGUGACGAACGUGGUGCCAAAAUUGUCGUAUAGCAAUAAUUAGUAGGAUUAAUACCAGACUGAUUUAUAAUAAAGUGUUCAAGUGCGAGAGUUCGUCGAACGGUAAACUCACAAUGAAGAUUCGUUGCUGGAAUAUCGCUAUCAGCGUAAAUUUAGCAAUCAGCGAUCGCAAAUUCGUAUCCGUAAUACUCGUUCAAUCAAAGGAUGUUAUCUAACGUCAGGAAAGUUUAAUUAAUGAAUAUACGAAUUCCGAGUAUUACUAUACAGCCGAACGUCAUCGAGCGAUAACAAGAUAAGCUCAAACAAAAAUUUCUUUAUUUAUUAUUACACGAAAUUUUAACGAACCAGACGGAAGAUAAAAUUAAUACCUGAAUUACUCGAUUACUUAAGGACUAUUUACGUCGCAAUCUCACACUUCGAUUUUUCUUACGCGAUUAUUCUACGCCGAGCAACGAAUUCUUUAAUUUUGUUAAAUGAAGAUCUUUUUUAAUCAUCGCUAUUUUUUAUUGAAAUGAAAGAACCAGCGGAGAAUCGUCAAAUACAAACUGCUGUGCAUUGAGUCGAUGCGCUGUCUGAGAAACAAGUGAGACAGACAUUUUGACAACUUUAGAACUUGAUUUUAAUUGUCCUCUUUGCAAAAUCAUCGCGCAUUAGAGAGGAUGGCGGGAACUGCAAUAGACACACGACACACAGAUAAAAUCACGUGCAAUCGUGCGUGCGCACAAAACACAUACACACAUAUACACACACACAAAUACACGUACAGACUCAAACCACAGAAAAUAUAUCUAAUAAGGCAUCGGUUAAGAUCUGACAGCGAAAAAAAAAA